CCGUUCAACUUUUCCCGCGCGACGUUCAACAAGCGACAAGUGCGCGCGCAAUCAUUCCGCGCGCGAACGUAUUCUCGCGCAGUUUAAAACGAACUGUCGAAUUUUAACGAAAAAUAAUUAAAUUACGUAAAUUAUUAAUCGUUGUUAUUGUGUGCUAAUAAUGUUUUAAGGAGAGUGAAUAAGAGUGAAGUGUUGUGUCAGUGAAAUAAUUUUAACAACAUACGGUAACCGCUAGCAGUAACCAUGACGACCAAAUCGUACAGUAAGCACAAGGAGUUCAAGGAGUACUCCUCGUCCAGCGGCACCAUACCCUACACAGAUGAACAGUUUGACAUGAUUAAAUCGGAGCUGAUACCAAAAGGCAGCAAGUUGGACUCUCUGGGACGUGGAGGAGGGACUCGGGAGUACCACUACGAAUACAAAGAGGAGAAACAUCCCUCCGGAAAGUAUGACAGGAAGGAUCUGCAUACCGUUGAGGAGUACACAAUCCCUCCGAGGGGCGUGCCGAAGACUUCGGAGUCCAACUCGUAUUACUACGAGAGGGAGGAGAGGGAACUGCCUGCCAUCAACUCGGGCACUCGCACGUACAACUACGAGUCGUCCAUCAGUUCCACUCCAGGCUACUCCAAGGUGAAGAGCACCAAGGUGACCAAGGACCUGUCGCAGAACGUGGAGGAGCUGGACUCGCUCCUGGAUGACCUGCAGAAGGACCAGGAGCGGCAGCUGUACAAAAGUAAGACCCAGGAUGGCUACACAUCGGAUACAGCUGAGAGCACGUCAUUUGACUACAGAAAGGGCACUCCAGCCAAGGCUCCAUCAAGCGGGUACUCGACGCUGAAGCGAGAGGAACGCGUGGAGACCUCCUCGUGGGGCUCCAGCCCUCCCCCUCCCACUGUCACCCGGGCUGCUGAGGUCCGGCAGGAGGUCUAUAGGGAGGAGAAAACUGAGUCCCGCGUGGUACCGUCCCAGAUCCCCCCCGCCGUCCCGCAGCAGGUGCCGGCCCCCGUCUGCACGCACUGCCACCACGCGCCCUCUACCGGCACGCUCCCUCGCGGCGGGACCCCGAUGAACAAGGUGACGACGACGGUGAAGACGUACACGUACGAGGUCCCCGCCGACCAGGACCCCACCACCGUGCCCAUCCCCGUGCACGCCGAGCACCAACAUACCUACGUCUCCUCAGAACAUAAUAGGACCACCAGCACCCAGGCGAGUUCCCCCCCUCCGGCGGCGCUGGUGUCGCCGCCCCCCGGCGGCUGCCAGUACUGCUCGCACUGCAACUCCACCAUCAGCCGGGAGUACCGGACCGUCACCACCACCGAUGAUCGCACCAACGAACGCAUGGUGUAUCCUGCGCCCGCCAACGAGACCAAGGUGCUACCGUCAGAACCGCAUAAUGGACAUGGCCCAUACGGUCCAUCAACUUACAAGUUCUCGGAGACGACGUAUUCCACCCACAACACGAGCCACCGCUACCCGUCCCCGUCCCCCAUCCCGCACGGCCCCACCCACACCCUGUACCCCGCCAACUCCCCCUCCCCCGGCCCGUUCCCCCGCCCCAGCACCCCCUCGCCUGGUACUCAGCAACCGCCGAAGAAGUUGGAUGACCUGCUCGCUGACUUCCCUGAAGCUCGCUUCCCAACCCAGCCAGACGGCGUGGUCCGCCGCAACGUGCACGUGACCCACGAGAGCUCGACGCAGAGCUCCACGCUCAACAGGGACGCCCGAGACACGCGGGACUCCGCCCCCAGUCCGCCAGCGAAGUCCCCGGUCGUGGCCAACAGCCGCAACGUGGCCGGCCCUGCAGUAUACUACCCGCCUGGACACACCCCCUUCCAGAAGAAGGAGGGAGGUGGUGGUGGCGGUGGUGGUUACCAAGCCAGCAGUGCGAUGGCACAAGGGGGCGGCAGUUACGCGUCAGCCCGGGGCAUGUACGAGUACGAAUCUGGCUCCCGAAGCAAAUCGAAGCAUUCUGAGACGAAGACAGCCGUCCCAAUCUGCCUACCUCUAUGCUGCGCCAUGCCAUGCGUGAUCAUGUAAAACUCCUACCAACAUUCCAUUUUCACCAAAAUAUUUGGUGAAUCUGGACUCUAUAAAUGUUAAUGUUGAUAUUAUUUUGUAAUUGUAAGAUUUACACGUAAUUAAUAAUUUCGUGUCUUCACAGCUAACGGCUAAAAGACCUUGGUUCCAAGGCAAUGUAAAGCUCUUCACAUUUGUAUGGAAAUGACCUUCACGAGUUUAAGGUCGAUGUAAUGUUGACAAACUGUAUAUCAGAACUAUUCAUGUCUUAUUUAUUAUGAUGUAAGUAUCUAUAUGCUUCUCCUAAGAAAGUGUAUUUAGAUUCUACACAACGAAUAUUUCAACGAAUCUCAGUAACUAAGAUUGCAAAUAUAAUAUUUGUCUAUUUAAUAUUAUUAAAACUGGACAAUAACUGAAAUGUCGUCUGGAAAUUGUUUGUCUGUACUCAAGCAACUAACACGGUGCCAUUAAUGAUAUUUUUAAUUUUAAAACACGUGAUUAACUGGGCGCAUACUGUAACUAAACCUGUAAAAUUGAGUGCUAUGGUGCUGCCAUCUACAUAAACAAGUCCGAGUUAGUCGAGUGGGGAUUAUUGUCUGCAAUAAAAAUGCGCUCAGUUCUAUUGUGUAUAGAAAGAUAUUGUAAUUUUUAUUAAUAAUAAAUUUUAUUAACUUGA